AUGACUCUUGCGGAUACGCUACACCCCGUCUUCGUAUUUAUUCUCAUCGUUAAUGCCGUUUCCUGUGCAUUUCCAUUACUUUCACACCGUCUUGUGUUUUACCCCAUCGUGUUUGUGGCUCUCGGCCUGCUCUACGUGACUCUGCUGGUCUUACUAAUGGGUGCAACAGUUAUGAUGCGAAAUCAAUCCUUUAGUGACCAUCGUGUGAAGGAAAAUACUCUCAUAAUAAUUAAGCGAGAUGUGAACAUGACAACAUGGAUGGUGAUAUCAACUGUAGUUAUGGUUGCUUGGAUGUACUGCUGGGCCCGUCGCGUGUGGUUAGUGUAUAUUCUUCCCAUGGUGGAGGAGUACAAUGCGUUCAAAAGUCGACGUUGGGCCGAUGCAUUAGACUUACGGGGUCGUAUGAAGCCGACUGUUUCAUGA